GGGAAAGAAAAAAAGGAAUAAAAAUGCAGACAACAAAAAAUAAUACCGUAUGUUCUACUCUUUAAGAAUACUGCAGGGCCGAAAUUGAGAGUCAGGGCGCGGGAUUCAAGCUUCUUUUGGCACUUGCACAUCAUCUUCACCACUUCAAUUAUUGUAACUUAUUUUUCCAGUCCGCCAACCUAUCUGUUUGUUUGGACUCUGUAGAAUUUAAAAAUUAAAGCCAAGCCAUAUAUAUGCAACUCUGCUGGGUCCCAGAUGCUAGCUUUUCCUGCUAGUUCACAAACAAGCUCUCUUCAUUAACACCUAUGGAGAGAACUGAUCAUCCACUUUCCCUUAUCGUGGUGAUCAUGAUGCUGGUGCAUUGUUGUUUAUUAAUAGGAAGCUCAGUUAUGGCAGCCACAAUCACAAACAUCAGCACAGACCAAUCUGCUCUUCUGGCUCUCAAAGCUCAUAUCACUCGUGACCCCAACAAUGUCUUGGCAAAAAACUGGUCCAGCAGCAGUACUACCCCAGUUUGCAACUGGGUUGGUGUCACUUGUGGCUCUAGCCACCUUAGAGUCACGGUUUUGGACCUAUCUUUCAUGAAUCUUACCGGCACCAUCCCUCCUCAUCUGGGUAAUCUCUCAUUCCUUGUCGAGCUCCACUUCCACAACAACAGCUUUCAUGGCUCCCUGCCCCAUGAGUUGGCUCGUUUGCGUCGCUUGAAGUUAAUCAGCUUUGGGUACAACAACUUGGAGGGAGAGAUCCCUUCAUUUUUAGGGUCUUUACCAUAUCUUGAAAGCUUGUAUCUGUAUAAUAAUCAGUUUAAAGGUCCCAUACCUUCCUCCAUUUUUAACUCAUCUUCACUGCAAGUACUUCAUCUCAGCGAUAACCCGUUGUCUGGACCAAUACCGAAUGAGAUAGGUGAUCUUCAGAAUCUUGAGGUUUUGGGACUCGAUGGUAACAACUGCAAUGGACUCCUCCCAUCUACACUCUUUAACAUCUCUACGGUCAGACUCAUAGCAAUAACUAAUAAUGAACUUCAAGGCAGUCUCCCAUUAAGCACAGGUCUUUGGGUUCCAAAUCUUGAGAUUCUAGCUAUAGGGGGGAAUCAACUCAGUGGAAGAAUACCCAACUCAAUCUCCAAUGCUUCCAAGCUCACUGACCUCGAGGUAGCUUAUAAUUCAUUCUCUGGCCCUAUCCCCUACACCCUGGGAACUUUAAAAGGACUCAAGUUGCUAAACUUUGCCCACAAUCAACUAUCAGCUAAGUCUUCCACUCCAGAAACGAAUUUUCUCAAUUCUUUGACAAAUUGGAAAAGUUUGAGACUGUUAGAUUUCUCAGAUAAUCCAUUGGAUGUCAUCUUUCCAAAUUCAAUCGGGAAUAUCUCUACAUCUCUUCAAAGUUUUAUACUGAGGAAUGGUAAAGUUGGGGGCAACAUACCUCAGGAUAUUGGCAACUUAAGUAGUUUGACAGUUUUGGACUUAGGAUUCAAUGAAUUGACUGGAACUAUUCCAACUACAAUAGGCAAUUUACGACAGCUUCAAGGUUUGUACCUUCGCAACAACAAUUUGCAAGGAACCAUCCCAUACGGAUUAUGCCAACUAGAGAGCAUGGUUGACUUAUAUUUAGACGAUAAUAAUCUCUAUGGACCUAUACCUUCAUGCUUGGGUAAUCUUACAUCUUUAAGAAAACUGUCAUUAGGCUCCAACAAUCUGACUUCAACAAUACCCACCACAUUGUGGAGCCUAUCCUAUAUGUUGCAUGUAAACAUGUCAUCGAAUUCUUUGAGGGGCUCUAUCUCAUCAGAUGUUGGCAAUCUGAAGGUUGUAACUAUGGUGGAUUUUUCAAACAAUCAGUUUUCUGGAAAUGUCCCAAGCAGCAUCGGGAGCCUUGAAGAUUUAGUGAACCUCUCCUUGGCACAUAAUGAGCUAGAAGGCCCUAUUCCCGAAUCAUUUGGAAAGUUAAUAAGCUUGGAGUUCUUGGAUCUGUCAGAAAAUAAUCUUUCGGGAACGAUUCCUAAAUCCUUGGAAGCAGCCUCAUACCUCAAAUACUUAAAUAUGUCCUUCAAUAGACUGCAUGGAGAAAUUCCUAAUGGCGGACGUUUUGCCAAAUUCUCUGCUCAAUCUUUCACAGGGAAUGAGGCGCUCUGCGGUGCACCUCGGCUGCAAGUCCCACCAUGCAAGAAUGCUACUCUUCCACACUCAAGGAAUAGAGUUGGCAGGAUUGUAUUGAAAUAUGUUCUACCAGCAAUCGCCUCAAUAUUAUUCAUAUUGGUGCUCCUGCUUUUGUUGAUACGAUAUAGAAAAGGUCAAAAGAAACCCACAACUGAGACAGAUUCACUGCCUCUAGCAACAUGGAGAAGAUUUUCGUACAAUGAACUUGUACAAGCAACUCAAGGGUUCAGUGAAAGCAACUUACUUGGUACAGGAAGUUUUGGCUCAGUAUACAAAGGAACUCUCUCGGAUGGGACAAUUGUUGCUGUAAAGGUUUUCAACAUGCAACUGGAAGGAGCAUUCAAGAGUUUCGAUGCUGAAUGCGAAGUGCUAUGCAAAAUUCGUCAUCGAAAUCUGAUCAAAGUCAUCAGCAGUUGCAGCAAUGGCUUAGACUUUGGAGCUUUGGUACUAGAAUACAUGCCUCAUGGGAGCCUAGAUAAGUGCCUGUAUUCUCGCAAUUGUGGGUUGAAUAUCCCACAGAGAUUGAAUAUAAUGACAGACGUUGCAUCAGCACUGGAAUAUCUCCAUCAUAGUCUUUCAACACCUAUUGUCCAUUGUGAUCUAAAGCCCAACAACAUAUUGCUGGAUGAAGAUAUGGUUGCCCGUGUGGCUGAUUUUGGUAUUGCUAAGCUCUUAAACGGAGGGGAUUCUAUAACACAAACCAUGACCCUAGCAACUAUUGGGUAUAUGGCUCCAGAGUAUGGAUUUGAAGGAAUAGUUUCUAAACGAGGUGAUGUGUAUAGUUACGGUAUCUUGCUUUUGGAGACUUUCACAAGAAAGAAGCCAACGGAUGAAAUUUUUGCGGAAGAAGUGAACCUCAGGAAUUGGGUGAAAGGUUCGUUUCCACAUGCACUACUAGAAGUUAUUGAUCCCAAUUUGCUGAGCGCAGAGAAUGGGCAAUUUUCCAUUACCAAGGAGUGUCUGACAUCAAUUAUAGGAUUGGCUCUUGAUUGUACUGUGGAGAGUCCAGAAGAAAGGAUAAAUAUGAAUGAUGUGCUACCUGCACUCAAAAGGAUCAAAACAAAACUUGAGAAGGAUGUUGCACAAGCUUGAUUUGUAACGCCAUGCAAGGGUGGUUCCUUUGAAAGAUGUGGUGGGGGCAAAAUAACAUAUGAGUGAAUUUAGUUCAUAUUAGUUUGAACUAAAUUACACAAAAAUAAUCCCACAAACUAACGUAGUUUCAUGUAAUCCAUCGGAUCUGUUUUACAAUAAAAAUAACUUUACAAUAUAACAAACCACAUCAAGCCACACCAGUUUGUAAAUUUAUUUUUGUAUAAUCACUUUGUGGCUAGAAUAUUUUUCUAUUAGUUUUUAGAUAUAAUGAUCUAGGAUUUGUA